UUCAAAAUUAUCUGUGUAGAUAUUACAGGACUAAAUCCGUACGUGAUAUCAGUAUAAAUUAUUCUGAAGGAUCUGUGUUGUGUAUAUGUACCACUGCAAUGGUGAAGGACGAAUGUAAGACGCUUUUAGAUGCCCUUAACAAAGUGUCUGCUUGCUAUCGACACUUGGUUAUCUGUGCUGGUGGGUCAUCAGACUCUCAGAAUUUACGCGAAGAACUGAAGAAAACCAGACAAAAAGCACAAAACCUGGCAAUUGCCAAUAAAGCCAAGCUAACAACUAUUUUAAAAGACAAAACUAUAAGCAAGGAUGAUCGAGCUGAAUUCGAAAGGCUGUGGGUAGUGUUUUCGACAUGUAUGGAGAUCUUGGAGAUCGAUAUGAGAAAAGCUCUGGAUCUGGGUCAGGAGUUUCCACUGAACCUUCCCACAAAACACCUCAUCCAGACUGGAAUGAUCGGGGGGACAUCUGCUGUGGCUGCCCGUGCCAUGAGUGUACAGAACAUGAAGUAUGAAGAGGGCAACAACAUUGACACUGUCGAUCUGAACGACUUGGAACAAGAUAUCAAUGAAAUCGGGGAAAUGAUGUACGAGAUGGAGAUGAAGGUGAAUGUACUUCAGUGGACAGUGGAGGCGAAGCAAGAACUGGGUACUGAACUAAAGUCAGCUGCCAGUGCGGGCGCUUCAUCGUUUGGCAUGAGGCCCGUGAACGAGGGUACAGACAAAAAGUUGUGCGACACCAAUAAGGUCUUUGCUGGCGCGAUGUUCACCGCUGUAUUAGUAUUUGCCAUUGUUCUCGCUCUCUGUGUUGUAAAAUUUGCUUAACACUUCAAUGUUGACAUGUUUUCAUUUACAUAAGGAAACAGCCAUUACAUUUUGGUUUUUGAAACUUAAGGAUUAAAUUGAACAGAGUUAAAGAUCACACAACACCAGGUUAUACUCCACCAGGUUUAUUUGGAAGCACUAGCUUUCGGAGCGCAGCUUCUUCAUCAAGUGGUUGUGUCAAAAUCAAAAAUUGAACAGAACUUCGUUAAAGGCAAUUACGUAACUUGCUGCAUGUUUACGUUCGCAGUUUAUUUUCUUUCGGGAAAAUGGAGACAGCCACAUCAGUUAUUCAUCUAUCUAGCGCUUCCUAGAGUUAGGAACGUGUUACUUGCGGGUUAAAUAAUGUGUCUUAAGUAGUCAUAUAUCUUACGACUGUGCCUCAGUAGGACAGGAGAAUCGGUCCAGUAUAUCAACUGAAGUGUAUUCAUAAUGACCAGCAAUGUUUAAGUGUUAAUGCCAGUAUUCUGUAGUGAACUGGGUAAAUUAAUUCUGCACAAAUGAAGUUAAAUGUAUUGUACAGCAUUUAUGAUAAAUGUUAACUUAGAGAACUGAA